AAUUAAUGUUUUAGACAUGGUGGAACUAAAAGUAGCAACAUGCUUUGCAAUGUUUCUUUGCAUCUUUAAAACUGUCCACGCUGAACCAAAUUGCAGUAAUGGCUUCGGGGCAACCGGACCCAACGUCAUCUGUACUGCGGGAGCUGAACACUACGUUCUACGGAAAGGCCUAGUGUCGGAUAAUGAUCGUACAACAGCUAUAGUACUAAAAGGUUGCCGGAUUACCAGUAUUGAAGCAGGCGCUCUUAACGCCCUACCCGCUUUACAAGAUAUCGACCUUUCCCAAAACACAUUGCAAGCUCUUACCGGAAUGUUUGAUCAAACACCUAAUUUGCUCAAACUUAAUCUAAGCAACAACAGAAUAGAAAGCUUACAACUUAAUAUUUUCGACGCACUGACAAAAUUAAAGUCUCUGGAUUUAUCAAAUAAUGUGAUUUUGGGAAGAAAUUUAGAAUCUAGAAUAUUCGAAGAGUUACACCGCAUCGAGUUUCUAGAUUUAUCUGGAAACUUCAUGACUGGCACGCCUGAAAAUUUGCUUAAAGCAUUACAAACUAUAAAGACUUUGAAAUUGUCGAGGUGCAAUUUGGAAGAAGUGCCCAAGUUCGCCACGCAACCUAAUUUAAACUCUAUGACACGUCUGACAUUGUCGUCAAACCAAAUUACCAGGCUUCACGACAAAUUGUUUAUCAAUUUUGAAAAGCUUGAAUCUAUCGAGUUGGAUGAUAACCUCAUCGAAUUUAUACAUGCGGAUGUUUUUAAAUCUUUGAAAAACGUUAAAACUAUUUCACUUCAAUAUAACAAAAUAAAGAAUCUUCCUGAAAGUCUUUUUAAAAGUUUAACUAAGCUAGGCAACAUAAAUUUAUCGCAUAAUCUUAUAGAAUACUUGCCCGUUAACGCUUUUCGACAUACCGGCCUGAAAAAUUUGAACCUGGCCGAUAAUAAAUUUACUUAUCUUCAAGACAACUUCUGUUUGGAGUUACAUAACUCUGGUGUGCGUUUGAAGAAAUUUUACUUUAAUCAGAACCCUUGGCAAUGUGCCUGUUUAAAUGACAUUCUGAUUGAAGUCAAGAAGAUGGCUAUACAAUAUAACGGGGCCAAAUAUAUUGGACAGGAACCGGUAUGCGUGACUACAAAGGAAUUUAAUUGUAAGAGGCAACCAAACUUCAAUGAAGAAUAUAUGGAUUUGUACAAUGACAUCAUUGGUUAAAUAA